ACACCCGUUGGUGAACCUGGAACAAUAGUACCAGUCGAGAUCACGUACGAUGGAAAGCAAAUACCGUUCAGUACGAACAUAAAUCAACUGCUGUACAUACUCAUCACUGCUCAUGAUUUCUCCUUUUUUGGAAUUGAUCUACUACUCGGAGAAAUGUUUUUCAAUCAAGCGCGUCCUCUCGAUAUGCAGCUGUUGCGGCCAUCCAGGCUCAACUUCUUCUCGUUGCGAACCCUACGGAGCCCCACUCUAAAAUCCAUGUCAUGUGGUCAUGAGGGUCCCGAUUCAAGACCUCGAGAUUGUGUAGUAAGGGAAGCAACAAUUCCACAACAUUACGAAGUACGGUGGCCAACUGAUAUGGCUGGAAGCUAUAAAGCGGACUUCUACAUCAAUGGACAAAAAGCUGGGGAGGGUGUGAGCGUGUAUGCAAGGAAGUCAGGGCAUAAAGAUGAUGUGAAGCUGAUGGGUGAGUUUUAA